GGCGUGGCUCUUGCGAUGACGCAAUCACGCUAUCGACGUCGACGCUCGUCGGGAAAAAUGUCGGCACCUGAGGCAACGACAAAGGAAUCUAAAGAAAAUGACUCUGAAACAUCAGCAGAGCCUUUAGCAGGACAAGGAAAAGUCAAAAAGGAUAAUGCAGUGCCCAUCACUGCUGCUCUUGAGAAGAAGACAGAGCACAAGGGUGGCACACCAUUGAUGCCGUCAUCUCAUAAGUCUAGUAAGGAUGCCUCCAGAACUGGAGAGCAGGAGGAGAAAUCAUCACCUGCCUCACCUCUAAACAAACCUUCUCCAGGUCAUGCAGGGAAGUCCAUUUCAUCAACAUCCUCCUCUUCAUUGUGCUCCUCCCCCUCUACAUCCUCAAUGUUGUCCCCUGGCAGAGCAAAGAUGAGUGUCUCUGGUCCCUGCAGCAGUAAAUCCGCCUUUCCCUCUGCUCCCUCAUCCUCCUCAUCCUUGACUACCACUGCUUCCUCCUCUUCCUCUGCCCCACCCAAGAUCCACAGAGCCCGUAAGACCAUGAACAGGCCACCACCAGGACAGAUAAGUCACGUCGAGACACCUGUUACAUCUGCGACUCCUUCAGGAUCCUCUACCUGCCCUUCCUCUGACCCUGAAACAAGUUAGUAGCUGUAGAACAUUCACUUAAAGUACACUAGCAUCAGUCAGUGUAAAAAAUAAUGCCAU